AUGAGAAUGUAUAGGAAGUAUAGUGGGAGUGAGGAGAUGCAUCGCCUUGCGAGAGUAAACAACAGAUGCUUGCAAAGCACAAAUUAUAACAAAGAAUACAAAGGACAAAUAUUUGAGAAAGAUAAAUAUCUGAUCUCACUGACCCCAAAGAACGCUCCAAGGAAAAAUUUACUAAAAAGAAGGAAAGAGUCAGAUUUUAGAUUAGAUGGAGAUAAAGCGAACAAAUCAACUUUCUCACAACUAUCAAAUGCAUGGGUGAAAAGACCCAGUCAAUUUACCAAAUGUUCACCAAGAAAUUCUUAUAAUCAAAGCACGAGAGUAACUUGUAAGGAUUCAGGAACCUAUGUCUUGGGCGAUUGCGACUCUUUGAACACGAAACGACCAAAAUUGACCUACAAAAAUUUCAGAGUCAAUAAGACCUCCUUCUCUUCCCAGAAGAUGGCCUGUAGAUCAGUCUCUUCAUGCAAUAAGAAGGUUGAACCUAAAGUGGACCUGAACCCAAAAAUUUUCAAAUAAAUCAAGAUUUGCAGUUGCUAAAUCUACGAUCAAAGAAAUUGUAGACAAGAUUCUCCGUGGUGACCAACCGAAUUUUGAACAAGGAUGCUAUGAAAUAAAUGAACCCAAGAACAGAAUUAUUCAUCAAAACUGAAAAGUUAAAGCCUGGAGAGGAUUCGUUAAAAAUGCAGAAAUCCCUCUGAAUUACCUUCAUAACGAAUCGUUAAAACAAUCCAUCGGUUUGGAUAAGACUGAAGUUGAUGAGAAACAUCUGGAUAGAUUUGACCCAACUGGGGUUAGGCUCAAAAUUAAGCCAGUUAUAUUCACAGAAAAUAAAAAUUUCAGCAGUAUUAAAAAGCGCCAGGACCUUAUUCAAUAUGAAGUUAUGGAGACUGGCCAAAUGGCUGAAGAGAUUAUUUUUAGGAAAAAGAAAUCAUCAUUGGCUCAAUCAUCCAGACUCUCUCUUCUAGGAGACAAUAGGAAAAUCAGUAGCCGAAAGAAGGUCCCAAGAGCAAAAUGCUCCUGUAGUAGUAUCAAAAAUGGAGAACAUACUCAAUCAAAUCUUCACAAAAUAAUGAAUUCUCUUGGGUCAAUAGAAAAUGGAAGCAUGGAAGAAAAUACCAAUGAGUUGGAGUUUAAUAAUGAUAUUGAUGAACUAAAGAAGAGAAAGCCAUCCUACUUUAAGUUCCCAGAAGACUCAAAUCAUGAAAAGAUACAAAGCUCAGAGGAUCCCAUCAACCAGCUAAAUGUUAACAGAUACGUAAAUUUGAUAAAAACAAUAAACUCUAAAUAAGGAUUCUAUCAAAAAGGAAGAUAUACUCAAGUUCUCUCAGCCUAUACUUCUCAAACCUAAUAUUGAGUAUAUUUCAGAACAAUUUCAAGAAAAACAGACACUUCGUCCGAAAAAGAGAUUCAAAAAGUUAUUCAAAAAUUCACUUGAUCUUGGCAAAAGAGAUAAGGAAAGUUCGAUCUGAAAUACUCUAAAAAGUCUAAGCCAGACAACAGGAUCAGUGGACCAAGAAAACAGGCUAAAGAAUAAGUACACAAGGAAGCUCAAUUCUUUGCAUCAAAAGAUAGUCAAAGGCUACACUAAAUUUAGAUAAGCAUUGCCUCAAAAGCUCUCCAUUGAUAAGACUGCACUAGAGCUCUAGUAGAUGAGCUUUACUUGUAUUUAAGAAUUCAUCAAUUAUUU